AUGGCUAGGAAUGGGGAGACACAUGUACCAACAAUGUUGAUAAUUAUUGUUUGUUUUGCUAUUAUUGUUGAAUUUCACGGCACUGUUUUUAAACAAUUUUGGACUCUGCCUUAUUAUGUAGCAGCUGAAAAUCUAAAAGAAUGUUAUGAAAAGUGUAGGAUACUUUAUCAGAACAACUCAAAAGAAAAAGAGCAAUGCAGAGAAAGAUGUCGUGCUAAGUACCCGGAAAUUUCUGAUAAUCCUCUAAAGGCAUGUAUACUUGAGUGCAAGAAACUCCAUCCAAACCCAACACCGUUUCAAAAGUGCAGAAAGAAAUGUUAUGAGACAUUCCAGCAAAAUCCUGAUGAUGCUCGGAGGGAUUGUGUCUAUAGAUGCAUGGUAAUAUUUGGGAAUGAUAAGAUAAUGUUCGAAGAAUGCAAAAAGGGAUGCUAUAAUACAUUUCCGCCAACACUGUAA